UAAAUAUCGGGGGUCUCUGGUCCCGCAAGCCCGGUCCAGGUAGUCUUCAUAGUGCCGGCGGACUUUCGUUGAGACUUGAGACUGAAGAUUCGGUGCUAUCUCCGCGAGUCCAUCUUCCUCAUCUUCGAGAGUCUUAACCCCCUUGGGGGUUACGCGGAUCGAAUGUGCGAGGCUUGCCGCUAACCAGGGAAUGGGUGUUGUCACCGUUCAUAUGGUCCCAUGCUCCGGACCGGAGGCAUUGCAAUCGACUGCGGACAACCUUUGUCGCAUGAUCGAGAAGCUCGGCGGUCGGAGAGAUGGCGUUUUCUGUGUCGAUUGUGAAACUUAUCAAAACGUCUCUAUGGGAAGGUUUCAACACGUUCUCCACGAUAGCGAGCAUCCCGCAUCUGUGUUCUCGCUGCUCGAGUCAGGUCUCUGUCUGGUCGCAGACGCCAACUUCGACAGUCUGAUGAACAAACUCAAUCCUCAGCUAUUCACGACGAAAAUUGGCACCAAGGUCGAAUGUAAGGGACCUCGAUACCAGGUAGAAGAUUUCAUCCUGAAGAUCGGCACCGUGACCAUUGGAACUUCCGCCCGCGGUCUUCUCGUGGAAUGCGAAUAUCAACCUUGCGCUGUCACCGCCUCGUGCUGGGAAUUGAUGCGUGAGCUCAUGGAGCCACUUUUGGGUCUUCCACUCAACCAACCCGUCCAGUAUCUCGCUCUUCGCAUGCGAGAGAUCUACACCCCUGUAGACACGAUACAACAAUACAUGGAACACUUCAAUGCUCUCCGAAAAUCGAAUCCGAUCCAGGGAGCCCAAGCACCGGUUUCCGGGCAGAUCGGCAGCCAAGCAAACCCAAACGCUCAAACGCCCGUCUCCAGAGCCUAAGACUUGUUAAAUAUUCAGUGUACAUAGAGUUUCGACCCUGAAGAGGAGAAUAAAAUUCGGAGAGCUGAAAUAUUCUCCAACGGAACCAACUCGUA